GCUAAGAAUCUUUAAGCCAUAAUUUUAUCCAACUUUCUGUUGCCAAAUUAUUAAAACCAUGAAAGACCCUUACCUUGACCAAGACGAAGACAGUAUCGAACAACCAGAUCAUAACAAAACUGACCAAAACAAAGAUGCGGAAGAAUCAUCUCCUAAGCUAUCAAAAAUCGACCAAAUUCGAAAAUAAACUAGCAUCCAUCAAGAACGGAGAGCAUCUUUCUAAGAACCCAUCUCGGUUGAACUUUAGGACUUAUUCCAGGACAAAACCCACGGCUACAGAACAAAUGCUUGCGAAUUCAUCAAGGAUUCGUUCAAAAGCGAAACGGGUUUUGAAUGUUGGAGGUUAUGAAUAUGGAAUUCGGGUGGAGUCGAGAGACAAGACACAGAAGAAAAGAAAGUAGAAAGGAGAAAGCUAAGAGGGCUGAUGAAGUUAAAUUUGAGGAAAAUUCGGAUGGUGGUGGAAAAAGCGAUACAUAUGCUACAAGUAUUGAGGAGCUUAAGCUUGAUGAUAGAAGAAUAAGAGUUAUUGUAUUCUUAGAUAAUUAUAACUUAAGACUUGAUGAUAACCUUUUACUGAAAACUGCUAUUGAUGUUUGCAAAUAAUACAGAGACAUAUGAAAUAAUCCCAGUGUUUUGACUUGUACCAAAGCAAUCUUCUGAAUCUGAUGAUGAAAGUUUGCUACUAUCUGACCAAAAUGACCUACUCAGUUCCAGAGGAAUUUUAGGAACAUAUUUUCUCCUCGAAAGCGCUAAAGAACUAAAAUCCGCACUUCAAAAUUUCGAAAUUCCUUCGAACCUCAUUAUCACCCUAAAACCUCCCCAAAAGGUCCUAACCCCUCUUCUUCACCCCUCCAUGACCAACAUCUUAAUAACCUCCAUAAACUUCAAUCCCCCCAAAAUUCCUCACUGACCUUACCAACUCCUAAAGAUCCCUUCCUGAACGCUCUACUCUCUUGACUCCCUUCCUUUCCCUCUGGCCUCCUUGCCCCGACUAUUUUCCAGGUUUAAAUAACUUAAUGGCUCAGAUUCCGCCUAGGAGGCCGAUUGGGGCUGUUCAGA